UUCUCAUUUAAUGCUAAGCUUUGCGUAGAACACCGUGACUCACGGACAGCGCCUGCGUCCAAAUACGUAGAAGUCGCCCCCGCCCGUCGGGACCACGUGAUUCCGUGGCGGGAGUGCGGUGCAUUUAUAGCACGAAAGUGUCCUUCUAUCUUCCACUUCACAACUGACAGUCAUAUGGGCAUCAAGCAGCACGCAAGGUAAUAAUAAGACGUCACUUCAGCAUCCCCCGGACGGUCUGCAUCAUUCUCAAGUUGAUACUUCCCAAAGACGCCGAUCCUUUUAGUUUUUGUCUCACAGAAAGCUUCUCUUAACAAAACACGUCCAGAUCCUUCGUUAAUUUGUGUCACAACAAAGAAACUUCGUGAUUUGCCAUCGGUUUCUUCUCUUGGAUAUUACGACAUAGUUUCGUUCUGCUACUAAAACUUCCAAAGCUGUUGGACUUCGUCGGGUAGGAUUGAUUCUAGAUUCUGGUGCACGUGGAAACAAAGCUCACAAAAUGAACACAGUGCUGACGAUAUUUGUCGUGAUCGCUUCCAUUUCCCUGGUGCUAAGCUCCAGUAUUCCACAGUAUGGUGAAGAUGACGAUGGCAGCUUCCUAGGUGUGCUCGAUAGUUAUAAAACUGCAACCAAAAGGCAGGCCUUGACGAGAAACUACUACAACGAUUACGCUUACUACUACAAACGAAACUGCAAACGCUGGAACGACUGGUGUGAUCCGUGGUCAUCCAACCCCACGAGGAGCUGCUGCCCAAACGAACGCUUAGCCUGCAAAUGCAACUUUUUUGGAUCAAACUGUAGAUGUACGCGAAAGUUAUGGGGGCGAUGAGAAGAGGGGGUCUUUUAAGAUUUUCUUAAUUAAUGAUUGUAUCAGGGCUGAAAAGAUCUCAGAGAGGUAAUUUGAUGAAGAAGAUGGGGCUGGAAUUGGACUGUUUAAAGGAGAGUUUGAGUUUCUUUCUUUACUUUGCACUUCUCUGAGGCUCCUUUUACCGAAGAAUGCCAAAUUCACCACGGAAGAUAUUUUGAGCCCUGUAUUAACUAGAGAUAUACAGUAGAACCUCUCUUUUUCAAAACAGACUCUUCCAAAAUAAGUUAUGUGACAUGUUUCAUGCAAAGAAAACGUUGACAGGCCAUGGUGUAUAGUGGUCCGCGUUUAUUAUUAGACACAUAGAUAAGGACAAUUAAUAAACUCAAUAAUGUCUUACUCUUUUCAACACAUCUUAAUCCAACACAAAAUGUUCUUCAAAUCAUUCUAAUAGAAGGCUUGUAAUGUAAGGAACCAUUGCAAUUUACAAAGAAAUGGACCCAAACGCAAGUCAUUUCCACAUUUUGAACGUUUUCACAUUUUGAGCGCAUUCGCAGCUGGGGCAAUAUGACGAAGUACAUAUAUUAAUCAUGAAAUCGGUCCAUUAUGCACUUAUAGUAUAUGGACUAGUCUUUAUCAUUGCAAUGGUUCCUGAUAUCAAGAGGUUGUGUCUAAAUCGCUUGUCAGUGGUAUCCACUAAAAAAGAGAGAUUCUACUGUUGGCCAAUUUUUUGUGGCCGUUCGAGUUUUAUAUCUCCACGUGACAUUGGCGACUAUAUCAGUAAAUAAGAUUUGCAGGUAGAGGUUUCGAUUAAAGUCGAACCGAGGAGAUCUUAGGACAUCAUAGGGCAACUGGUGGACAUCCUGCACUCAGACAAUGUAUCUGUCUCCGACAUCUUUCUGCGUUGGGGUGAAAUGCCCCCAGCUCCAGUCGAAUAAGUCGGUGGUGAAUGCUUUGUCGCAUUGCGCAGGAUACUCUUUACCAGGGGUUCUUUUAGUUAGAGUAACUGUUGGAGGGCUUCAUCCCAGAGCGGCCUUGGAUAACUAUAAAGGACACUAGUAAGUGAUGGUCCCCAUGGCAGAGAUUGGGUGGACAGCAUGUGUCCGGGCUUUGCAGGGUGGGGUUGUUCAUAUAACACUGCAAGAUAGAAAAGUAAUUUAAUGUAAGAAAAAUUACAAACUAUUUUCAUA